AGCAGCGCGCCCGCGGCUCAGCUCCGGCCCGAGUCCCGCCGCGCCUCGGCCGCCGCCCGCGCCCCCCGCUCCCGGCGGAGGCAGCAGGCGGUGGGGGGACCAUGGCUGACGUCUUCCCGGCCAACGACUCGGCGGCGCCUCAGGACGUGGCCAACCGCUUCGCCCGCAAAGGGGCGCUGAGACAGAAGAACGUGCACGAGGUGAAGGACCACCGCUUCAUCGCCCGCUUCUUCAAGCAGCCCACCUUCUGCAGCCACUGCACUGACUUCAUCUGGGGGUUUGGGAAACAAGGCUUCCAGUGCCAAGUUUGCUGUUUUGUGGUUCACAAGAGGUGCCAUGAAUUCGUUACUUUUUCUUGUCCGGGUGCGGAUAAAGGACCUGACACUGAUGACCCCAGGAGCAAGCACAAGUUCAAGAUCCACACUUACGGAAGCCCCACCUUCUGCGAUCACUGCGGGUCACUGCUGUACGGACUUAUCCAUCAAGGGAUGAAGUGUGACACCUGUGAUAUGAACGUGCACAAGCAGUGCGUGAUAAACGUCCCCAGCCUCUGCGGGAUGGACCACACGGAGAAGAGGGGCCGGAUCUACCUGAAGGCCGAGGUCACCGAGGAAAAGCUCCACGUCACAGUACGAGAUGCAAAAAAUCUCAUCCCUAUGGAUCCAAAUGGGCUUUCAGAUCCUUAUGUGAAGCUGAAGCUUAUUCCUGACCCCAAGAACGAAAGCAAACAAAAAACCAAAACCAUCCGUUCCACACUGAACCCCCAGUGGAAUGAGUCCUUUAUGUUCAAAUUAAAACCUUCAGAUAAAGACCGACGACUGUCCGUAGAGAUCUGGGACUGGGAUCGAACCACCCGGAACGACUUCAUGGGGUCCCUUUCCUUCGGAGUCUCGGAGCUGAUGAAGAUGCCGGCCAGUGGAUGGUACAAGUUGCUGAACCAAGAGGAAGGUGAGUACUACAAUGUGCCCAUCCCAGAAGGUGAUGAAGAAGGAAACGUGGAGCUCAGGCAGAAAUUCGAGAAAGCCAAGCUCGGCCCUGCUGGCAACAAAGUCAUUAGUCCUUCUGAGGACAGGAGACAGCCUUCCAACAACCUCGACAGAGUGAAACUCACCGACUUCAACUUCCUCAUGGUGCUGGGCAAGGGCAGCUUCGGGAAGGUGAUGCUUGCAGACAGGAAGGGGACCGAGGAGCUGUACGCCAUCAAGAUCCUGAAGAAGGAUGUGGUGAUCCAGGAUGAUGACGUGGAGUGCACCAUGGUGGAGAAGCGGGUGCUGGCCCUGCUGGACAAGCCCCCGUUCCUGACGCAGCUGCACUCCUGCUUCCAGACAGUGGAUCGGCUGUACUUCGUCAUGGAAUACGUCAAUGGCGGGGACCUCAUGUACCACAUCCAGCAAGUGGGAAAAUUUAAGGAGCCGCAAGCAGUGUUCUACGCAGCGGAGAUUUCCAUCGGGUUGUUCUUUCUUCAUAAAAGAGGAAUCAUUUAUAGAGACCUGAAGUUAGAUAAUGUCAUGCUGGAUUCGGAAGGACAUAUCAAGAUUGCAGACUUCGGGAUGUGUAAGGAGCACGUGAUGGACGGGGUCACGACCAGGACCUUCUGCGGGACCCCGGAUUACAUCGCCCCGGAGAUAAUCGCGUAUCAGCCGUACGGGAGAUCCGUGGAUUGGUGGGCCUUCGGCGUCCUGUUGUACGAAAUGCUGGCCGGGCAGCCUCCGUUUGACGGCGAGGAUGAGGACGAACUGUUUCAGUCCAUCAUGGAGCACAACGUCUCAUACCCGAAGUCCUUGUCCAAGGAGGCUGUUUCCAUCUGCAAAGGGCUGAUGACCAAACACCCCGGCAAGCGGCUGGGCUGCGGGCCCGAGGGAGAGCGGGACGUGCGGGAACACACCUUCUUCCGGAGGAUCGACUGGGAGAAGCUGGAGAACAGGGAGAUCCAGCCGCCCUUCAAGCCCAAAGUGUGCGGCAAAGGAGCAGAGAACUUUGACAAGUUCUUCACGCGAGGGCAGCCCGUCUUAACGCCGCCCGACCAGCUGGUCAUCGCCAACAUCGACCAGUCUGAUUUUGAAGGGUUCUCGUAUGUCAACCCCCAGUUCGUGCACCCCACCAUACAGAGCACAGUAUGAAACUCAGCGUCGAGGGCAGGCGCCUCCCCAGCCCCGCCCCUGCCCCCAGCCCUGGGAAAUGAUCCUCAGCCCUAAAGUUUGAAGGCCACCGCCUUGCUUCCAGGUGGAGGCCUAAAAACCGUAGGGUUAUUAGUCCACACGUGAUCAGCUGUUCAGAGUCUCUCACGACCAAGAGCGUCACCUUGGCGGCAGACGAUGUCAUGUACAGCAUCCAGUUUAAUUGUGUAGAGGUCACAUCUGGCGGUAGGUUAACCCUUCCUGGAAGGCAAACAGACUCUGCCCCCUUUUUUUUUUUUUUGGUACAAUUUGACAUGUUUUCCAAACCCUCUGUUGAUUUUCACCAUCCGGAUCCCCCAACCAGACGUGUUCAAAGGAACCCGCCCCAGUCCAGGGGGCCGGAAACAUCUCCACCCAAGACAUCUUUGGAGUAAAAGAACGGGGAGCCCAGAGAGUGAGCAAGGCAGGACCUGGGGGAGGUGGGAUUGGGGCUUCAGAAAACCCGCUGCUUGCAUUCUCUGCCUCGAUGGACACGGUCCCUAGAGCCCAAGAGGCCGGGAGGGAUCUAGUCCCGUCUGCAAGCUCCCUGUUCCCAGAUGCUGACACUCGUAACCCACUCACAGUAACGGUCCAGCAGUUACCAGUUUAAACAAAGAGAGGAAGCAAACCUCAGAUGAGUGUUGGGGGCAUCUGUCAUCUUGUACCCUACUUGGCUGAUAACUGUCUUGAUACUUGCAUUUCUUUUUAAGAGGCCAAAUCUUCUAAGGACUCCGCUAAAUGAGCAUGUGAAAUCAUUUCAGAUCAAGGGUAGAUCAGUGUGCGUGUGACAUUCAUUUUAAUCUCUGGGAGAUUAUUCUGGAUCCAGGGUGCCAUCAGCGAUCAUGCCACUACUCACAAGUGUUGUUAGCCAACCCCCCUCACACCGAUACUUCGCUGCCUACUUCCUAAGAAGCCGAAGCGUACACCUCCCACCCCUUUUGUACUUAUUUAUUUAAUAGGCUGCGGUGUUUAUGAGAGUACGAUGUACAGUAAGUUAAUCCAAGUGUUGACUCUAACUUCAACCCCUAGAAUUGAUUUCCCUCACAUCUCCAGCCCUCGACAUCCUCUUGGGAUGAACAAUAGAGUUUUGGUCCCCCAUUUCCGGUUCAUGUUGAAUGACACACCUGAAGCUGUAGAACAGGAAACCUGGAUGCGUAUCAGCUCAAAGAGGUUUUAUUGCUAAAAGGAUUUUAAUAUGUUUUGCAAAGGCAUCAUGCAAUGAAUUUUGCGUGUUUAGAAUAAACCUUAAUAACAAGUGAAUCUAUGUUAUUGAUAUAAUCGUAUCAAGUACAAAAAGUAUUAUAAUAAUUUUAUAAGACACAACUGUGCUAUAUUUGUGAAGGCUCUGGUUUCUAGUCUGCUUUUGUGAUUAAGCGUUAGCUUCCUUCUGUGCCGCUGUGCUUCCUCUUCCCCACCCGGACUCCGUGUGUACCCUGCAUUGGCACUGUGUGGGGCGUACUGAUUUUUUAUUGCAGUAGAUCUAAUUUCGAAGGUGAAUGGCUACUUUGCAUGAUCAAUUAGGCUUACAUACACAUAUACAUAAAAAUAUUUGAUUCUACCUGCAAACAAAAGUUUCGUCGGGGGGCGGGUUACUGUCGAGGCGAGACUCCCUCUUAGCCUCUGAGCCCUGUCGCCUUCAUCACGCUUCCGCCUGUGGUAGCAGAUGUUCAGCUCCCGUGCCCCCAGUACGUUCGUGCAGAUGUGGUGUCGUCACGGCCCACGGGCUGCACUUUGUUCGUUUAGUUCUUCCCUUCAGCCUUGUUGCUGUUGGAGACUCGGGGUAGGAGGGACGGGAGGAUGCCCUUCCUGACACGGGUGUGUGGAUGCCCCGGAAACGUGCUGUCCAUCUCACCGUCCCCAGCACGCCCCGCCGUCGGCUCCCGCACGUGCAGACGUGGUGAGGCACAGCCAGGCCCUGGAGCUGUCAGCAGAUGCUCUGGGGAGGCUGCAGAGGCUCUCCCAGAUGUUGCUAGAAGUGGCCUUCCCCGUCUUGUAAGGAGCGCUUCCGUGGGACACAGCAUCACAGCGCGGGGUCCUCGGGGGAGCCGGUCAGCAACAGCAGAAAGAAGGUUUACGAGGGACACGGUUGUCAGUCCUUACAGGGGGCUGCUCUGUUCCCCCUUGUUCCCCAGAAGCGGGUCCCAGCGAAGCGUCUUCUCAUUUUUACUCUCUGGCUCAUUGCCUGAUUUUCAGCUGCCACACGACCGCUGAGGGGUCUUAGGGAUGAGAGGCCUCGGCCGUCCUGGGAACCCUUGACUGGAGGAAGAGAUGGGGUAGGGAACAGGUUAGACCAGAAAAAGAGCAAAUUCUUCCGCCACCUUUUACGGACCAUAGACUGAAGGGCUCCAGGGGGGCCCCGGCUGCGGAGCUGUGGCCCCAUGGGUCCGUGCACGUCCGGGGGCCACACCUUCCCCAGGUGCAUCUCGUUUGGUCUGAUAGAAAAGGGACCCAAGUACAGAAAAAGCCUAAGAAGCAGAAGAGCCGGUCCCCCUGCCCUGGAAUGGCGCAACGGCAGGACGACAGAUCCCCAGCUAAGCCCCGGAGGUGAGGAAAGUCCCAGAAAGGAGCCCACGGGGUUGAACCACGUGUUCCCGAGCCCCUCGCUGCCUGCUCGUGCUAAGCCCCGGGCAGGUCACGCUGCCCUUCACACAGCCGACACAUUUCCAAAUUAUUCAUCUUUCUCUAGGAAAUAGCCCAGCUGGUUUUUAUCCUUUCUGAGUGUGUGGCAAAGUUUUAAAGGAAAUACCGUGUCUGGGGGGCCCUGUACUCUGCGUGAGCGACUGCAGGCUUGAGGACAAACUUGGGGGGAAGACAGUAAAAACUCCAGUGCCCGCGAAGUGUUACCGUGAUGGGGCGUGUUGGUACGUUGCCAUGUCCCGAAUGGAGAUAGAAGCUAAUGCUUUUAAAAAAUCUGAGCAACCUGAGACAGUGCUGCUGAAAGCACACGUCAUGCUGGUAACCGUUAGCAGAAUGGAUUGAUGAAGGUCUGUGGCUUUAUCCCCCUUCGUGGAGGUCACGUAAAAUAAAGCCGCAGGGAAGGGGCUGCCGUUUCAAAGGGGCUGGGGUAACAAGGAGGCCCUGAAGGGCCAAGUCACUGAGGGACCCGGGAAGGGCCAGCCCCGGGCACGGCCUGUGUCGCCGGGGCCCGUGGAGGUCCAGGCCCGCAGGGGAAUCCAGCCCGAGCUGGGUCCCCGCCAGACACUGUGACGCCAAAGGCCGUUCAGGUUGGUCCCGUGACCUUCCCCUGGGAGGCGGCUGCUCAGAGGCGGGACUUCCCUCCGAGGCUGCGGCCAGCGGGCGGGCGGCCCUCCUCUUGGCAUCUCGUUCAGACCCACGAGGGGCUUGGUUUGAAGGAAGAAUCCGGGGUGUGCAGCCCGCAGAGGUUAAUGGGGGGUUCGCUCGAGGCUGGAACGAUUCAGAAGGUCGAUAGGAGACCCUGGGAACCGAGCGAUGGCUCUUCAUCAUGUCUACUCCUAUUUUGUUCACGUUCAUGCAGAAUCUCUGCCUUGUCGUGUCUUUGGAGAUGGUUAGGCUUUCUUACUAGGAUUUGGGGAGAAAACCAGAGGGUUAAGAGAUCUCCGGAAACUUGGUCUGAGAUGGUCAGCUAGGAGAGCGUGAGGACCCGGAUUAAUGCGAUUCAGCGAACGACUGUCGAGCCCCUCUGAGCCGUGGUCCUUAGCCGUGGUCGGCAAGGAGCUUAGGGAAGAGCGGGUUUGAGUGCAGAAGGACUGACGGACACUUGCAGUAGGAGGAAGCCAGGAGGGAGGGGAGGCGAGGGCGUCCAGGGCGGGAGCUGCAGUUCCCGGAGGCUUAGCCGUCGGGUGGUGUCGGAUGCGGUUGCUGGUCCUCCUCCGCGAGCAUCUCCCAAGCGCCAGCAGCAUCCUUCCUGCCCCCUUGAAGAGGCUCCCAGUUCUCUGGGUGGGGCCGAAGCAUCCAGCAGGUGGGUUCGCACCCACUUUUCUCCUGUGACUUCCUGUAGCUGGGGGUCGGGGGGUGGAGCGGGGACAGAGCAAAAAAACUUAACACUGCAGGUCCCCCCCCACCUCCCCGAUUCCCCAGAGCAGGCGGAAUUGGAGUGUUUUGCUGCGUUUGUUUUCUCAGUACCGAAGGGGAGGACGAAGUGAGGGUCUUAUGUUUUCAAAAGCCUCAGAAAGGAACACCAUCUGACAGUCAUCUUCUCACCUUGGUCUUAGGAAGUCGCCUAUUUCUUGUACCAUUUCCUGCUUCUUUAAGCCCAGCAGGGGCAGCGCUAAACGGUCAUGAUUGUGAACCUGACGCGGGGCAGGGACCCAGAGACGAAGACUCUCAGGGCCACGGGAACAGCAAAGGCCUGACAGCCACAGGAAGCAGAAGGCAUUCUGGCUGUUAGUGACCACGCCCUAAUUUGACAGGGAGUGUUGGGAAAUAUUUUUAAAACCUUUUCCUUGAGUUACUUGGGUUACAUUUUAUGAAAUAUACUGACUGUCAACAUUUCUGUCAUUUCCCGUCUGGGCUGAUGCAGCAAAUCUAGGGAAUGCUGUGUAUUUCUGUUGUGAGAAAGGUUCCCUGAGUUACGCGUGGGUGAAGGCAGCCGUGUAGAAAUGGUGUUGACCGCAGUUCUGUUAAUCCCGUCACGUCAGGGGCCCGUCGGGAGGGUUCAGAGUGGAAUGACUGGGUCCCCAGUGCCUCUGACCUGUGUGAUCGGCUGCCAGUUAAUAGCUGUGCAGGUCCAGCUCUGUCAUCAAACAGCCUUCAAAUGACCCACGCUAAGGCCCACAGGUUCCAAGACUUUGCUGAAACCUUAUGGAAGAAAUUAAUCUGUUAAUUCCAACAGAACAUCUGAAUACACUGGGCUAUUUGUACUUUUUUAUAGAGAAUUUGAUUAACUCAAUUCUUCCUUAGAAAUGAGUUUUUAAAAUAAAACUACUGACAGUUUCAUAAGAUUGCAAUCACAUGGAGCCUGUGGGAGGACUCAGCUGGGGUCAGCUAGAGCGCCCCCGUCCUGCAGCCCCCCUGCAGGAUGUUCCCAGCCAGUGGGGUGUGGGGUCCUCAUGACAAUGACUGGCUGGGAGUCCAGGUGGAACAUGUUAGCAGAAUGAUGCCCUCCGUGGUUUUAAUGAGACACUGGGGACAACUGUCUAAAGUCUAGAAACUUUUGGACCACGGGAAAGAUGGCUUUAUCGUCCCCUUUCCAGAUGCAGCUCUAGGAUAGCUUUCCCGUUUCUUGCCCUGCGAGGCUCUGUGACCCUGCGGCCCGUUUCCUUGCUCUGCGAGGCUCUGCGACCACCUUUUGGCAUGGGGGUGGGAGGCGCCUCCUCAGCUCUGUCUCCCAUCCCCACGGGCCCCCAGGUCUCCCAUAUAUGGUGAAAGUUCAGUGAUGCCCUGUGAGAACUUGGUCCCUGGGCGACUCAGAACUACCCCAACGUCCCCAAGAAAGAAGCGGCAAAUGUGCCCAUUGGCAUCAUCUCUCGUGAGUAGACGGAACCCUACUUGUCAAGGCUACUUUAUAAGAACCUUUUUUUCUAAAAUAAGACAAAAGGUGGCUUUGCAUUUUCUGAUUAAGCAGCUCUGUCUUUGUCCCCUCUGCUUCACUUUAGGAGUAUUUAUUUCUGUGAUUGUUGGUAGAUUCUUGUUGAUACUCUUCCUGGAAAAGUGUGAUUCUUUUCUUGAGGGGAUUAGUGGACUAUUCAAAAUCAUCCAUGAAGGCUGUUAUCCUUUUGAGUCUAAAAAUUCACCUCAUAUCUCUUCUAUUAGGUUCUUUUCAAAUGUCUUUUGUAGAUGGUCAGAAACAUUUGGAAUCACUGCUUUGCUACAUGAACUUGGGGGAAGGGUGGGCUGAAGGACAAGCCGUGUCUAAAGCAUUCUUGAAAAGGAUCCUAUAUCAGACCCCAAAUUUGUAUGGAGGAGGAAGAGGAAGAGAUGGAGGUUGCAGUUUUCCCUUCUGUCAAGCGCCUGCUGGCAAAACGUAGAGGCCAUUCAGCUGUCAGAUCACAUUUGGUUUAUCGCAGGUGAAAUGGAUGUACAAAUUACUGCAUUGCUCUAAUUCAUAUAACCUCUAAUCUUUGUUUGCAUGAUACGCUUUGUUAGAUACAUUAACUGUAGUUUGGAAGCAAGUGUGUAUGA